AUGGCCACAGAGCUCUGCCCCGUGUAUGCGCCGUUCUUCGGUGCGUUGGGCUGCACGUCCGCCAUCGUUUUCACCUGCUUCGGUGCCGCCUACGGUACCGCUAAGGCCGGUGUCGGUGUUUGCUCCAUGGCUGUCCUCCGCCCCGACCUGAUCGUUAAGAACAUUGUCCCCAUUGUCAUGGCUGGUAUUAUUGGUAUCUACGGUCUGGUAGUGUCGGUUCUGGUCGCCAACGACCUUACUCAGAAGCUCCCGCUUUACACUGGAUUCAUCCAGCUGGGUGCUGGUCUUUCAGUCGGUCUGGCUGGUCUGGCUGCUGGCUUUGCUAUUGGUAUCGUCGGUGAUGCUGGUGUUCGUGGAACUGCCCAACAACCUCGUCUCUACGUCGGAAUGAUUUUGAUUCUCAUUUUCGCUGAAGUCUUGGGUCUUUACGGGCUGAUUGUUGCUCUUCUCAUGAACUCCCGCUCCAAAGCUGUCUGCUAA